AUGUUGCUCCCAGAAAUGCUUCUGAGGGGUUUUACUUCGCGCCGCGUCGCCCCGGGCUUGCAUGCAGCAAUUGAAUUGCGCGUUCAGAUUUGGUCACGCGCACGGCACCGUGGAACGGAUCCGUGGUUGAGAGCUGACCUGACAAUUCGAUACCCAGGCCCAGCCCUAUCUGAAGCUACAGUUGCACGGAUGAGAAGAGGUGACCCCCAAAGUUGGGCCAAACUUCUCUCCGCCCCCGAACCCUUGACCGACAUGGGAGUCUGUUCACUCGUUUGCACGGGCCUCAAGCGAUGCUUUCUCAGCGGUACUUGCUCAGCGCUCUGUGGAAAGACCUGCAACAAGGUACAUCAACAAACUCGACACGGAGCCCCUGAUGCGACGAGAGCACUUGCACUCGGAGGACUUUGGUCCUUCACUGAACCAGUCUGGCUGCUGAGCUGGAUCUCCCAACACCAAUUUCCGCCUUGCUUUCAAUUCAUUCACUCAUUUAAUCUCAAUCGCCGAUAUUGGAGCUGCUUUGUUUCUAUUUUCCAUACACUCCUUCUUAAGCUUCUCCCGCCAUUCCAACUAAUAUAUGGCUUCUUUCGAUAUAUCAUAUUUCGAUCCCGCCAUCAUUAA